GCAUUACUCCUCCGUCCCCCCGGUCAUCCAGAUCAAUCGCUGUUUCUGAAUAAUCUUGCUGCCAGCCUUGGAGACAGAUUCCAGCAGCGGGACAUCAUGUCUGAUCUUGAUAAGGCCAUCAGGCACCACCGGGCUGCAUUACUCCGCCGUCCCCCCGGUCAUUUACUUCGAUCCAACUCUCUGAACAGUCUUGCAAAAAGCCUUCGACACAGAUUCCAGCAGCGGGGCAUGAUGACUGACCUUGAUGAGGCCAUCGAGCUCCAUCGCGCUGCAUUACUCCUCCGUCCCUCCGGUCAUUCAGAUCGAUCCAUGUCUCUGAACAAUCUUGCUGCCAGCCUUCGACACAGAUUCCAGCAGCGGGGCAUGAUGUCUGACCUUGAUGAGGCCAUCGAGCACCAUCGCGCUGCAUUACUCCUCCGUCCCUCCGGUCAUUCAGAUCGAUCCAUGUCUCUGAACAAUCUUGCAAUCAGCCUUCGACACAGAUUCCAGCAGCGGGGCAUGAUGUCUGACCUUGAUGAGGCCAUCGAGCUCCUUCGCGCUGCAUUACUCCUCUGUCCCCCCGGUCAUUUACUUCGAUCCGACUCGCUGAACAAUCUUGCUGCCAGCCUUCGACACAGAUUCCAGCAGCGGGGCAUGAUGUCUGACCUUGAUGAGGCCAUCGAGCUCCAUCGCGCUGCAUUACUCCUCCGUCCCUCCGGUCAUUCAGAUCGAUCCAUGUCUCUGAACAAUCUUGCUGCCAGCCUUGGAGACAGAUUCCAGCAGCGGGGCAUGAUGUCUGACCUUGAUGAGGCCAUCGAGCUCCAUCGCGCUGCAUUACUCCUCCGUCCCUCCGGUCAUUCAGAUCGAUCCAUGUCUCUGAACAAUCUUGCUGCCAGCCUUGGAGACAGAUUCCAGCAGCGGGGCAUGAUGUCUGACCUUGAUGAGGCCAUCGAGCACCAUCGCGCUGCAUUACUCCUCCGUCCCUCCGGUCAUUCAGAUCGAUCCAUGUCUCUGAACAAUCUUGCUGCCAGCCUUGGAGACAGAUUCCAGCAGCGGGGCAUGAUGUCUGACCUUGAUGAGGCCAUCGAGCUCCAUCGCGCUGCAUUACUCCUCCGUCCCUCCGGUCAUUCAGAUCGAUCCAUGUCUCUGAACAAUCUUGCUGCCAGCCUUGGAGACAGAUUCCAGCAGCGGGGCAUGAUGUCUGACCUUGAUGAGGCCAUCGAGCACCAUCGCGCUGCAUUACUCCUCCGUCCCUCCGGUCAUUCAGAUCGAUCCAUGUCUCUGAACAAUCUUGCUGCCAGCCUUGGAGACAGAUUCCAGCAGCGGGGCAUGAUGUCUGACCUUGAUGAGGCCAUCGAGCUCCAUCGCGCUGCAUUACUCCUCCGUCCCUCCGGUCAUUCAGAUCGAUCCAUGUCUCUGAACAAUCUUGCUGCCAGCCUUGGAGACAGAUUCCAGCAGCGGGGCAUGAUGUCUGACCUUGAUGAGGCCAUCGAGCACCAUCGCGCUGCAUUACUCCUCCGUCCCUCCGGUCAUUCAGAUCGAUCCAUGUCUCUGAACAAUCUUGCUGCCAGCCUUGGAGACAGAUUCCAGCAGCGGGGCAUGAUGUCUGACCUUGAUGAGGCCAUCGAGCUCCAUCGCGCUGCAUUACUCCUCCGUCCCUCCGGUCAUUCAGAUCGAUCCAUGUCUCUGAACAAUCUUGCAAUCAGCCUUGGAGACAGAUUCCAGCAGCGGGGCAUGAUGUCUGACCUUGAAGAAGCAUUCAGCGUGUAUUCUCAACUCUCCUCCCUAUCGCAUGCAGUCUCUCGCACACAUCUUAAUGCUGCCAAGUCAUGGGCUGCCUCCGCCGACAUCUUCAAUCACCCAUCUGCAUUGCUUGCUUAUAAUGUUGCACUGAAAUCCUUAGAUCAGCAAGUUGCUCUCCUGUCGUCUUCUUCGCAUCACUUCGACGUUAUCAGAAGGGCUGUCUCUUCUCUCGCUACGGAUGCUUUUUCAUGCAGUGUUCGUCGUGGUGCGUUGACGACUGUGGUGGAGUUGGUGGAGCAAGGUCGUGCAGUGUUCUGGACCCAGUUGGCACGCUUCAGCACAUCACUCGAUGAGCUUUCUGUUUCAGGUGACGCCGGCAUGGUCUUGGCAGAAGAGUUCAAACGGUUGAGUUUUCUCCUUCGUAACGCGUUCGAUCAGUCUGAAGACCAGUCUCCGCAAAUCCGACAACUGACAAUACAAUGGGAUGAAGUUGUCUCGCGCGUUCGCCUGCUCCCCGACUUUUCGCGUUUUUUCCUACCUCCACUGUUUUCUGACCUCCAGAAGGCGGCCGAAGAUGGCCCAGUGAUAAUCGUCAAUGCUGGUCAGCGCAGCUGCGACGCCUUGAUCAUCCAUAGCGCGGGAGAUCCUGUCCAUGUUCCGCUUGACAUUAAAGAAGCAGAAUUGUCUGAAUUCUCCUCAGAGUUCCAAUCACUCGCAGAGCAGUUUGGUUCUUCUGAUUAUCAACUUACGCUUGUCGGUAUCCUUCGCAAGCUUUGGAAUGCUGUCGUUGACCCCGUAGUCCAAGCUCUCAAGAAGUCUGAAGUUCGCCCUGGGUCACGUAUCUGGUGGUGUCCCACUGCUGAGUUCACGCUGCUUCCCCUCCAUGCAGUGGGAUCAUACGAGAAGGGGAGAGACAAUUUGUCUGACAUUUACAUCUCCUCUUACACCCCCACUUUGGCGACUCUCGUUCGUGCAAGACAGCAGGUUUCUCCAGAUGCGUCCUCGCAACAUUUCGUUGCCAUCGGUCAAGGCAACCCGGUUGAAGGGAAGGAGCUCAAAUGUGUCGCUCCUGAGCUAGCCGUCGUCGCUCGCCACGUUACUCCCGUCAUCUCCUUCACAUCCCUCAAGGAUGGCAAUGCAACAGUCGAGGGUGCACUCGAUGCACUCGACCGUAAUCAAUGGCUCCAUCUUGCCUGCCAUGGAAUGCCGAAUCGGACGCAGCCGUUCGAUUCUUCCUUCGCUAUGCGCGACGGGCCUUUAAUGAUCAAGCAUAUCAUCCGAUCCAACUCGCAGAACCCGCAAUUCGCAUUCUUAUCGGCCUGCCACACUACCGUUGGCGAUAAAAAGAGCCCGGAUGAGUCGAUCCAUCUUGCUGCAGCCAUGCAAUUCUGUGGAUUUCGCAGUGUGAUCGGUUCCAUGUGGUCUGUUGACGACGAGGUUGCACGUCAGGUCGUGUCUGCUUUUUACCGCAAGUUAAUUGGUGAUUCAAAAAGAUUGGACUGCACAGGGGCUGCGGUAGCGCUGCACAAGGCUGUGAGAUCGUUGCGCAAGAAGAUUCCGUUAGAACAGCAGAUUGUAUUUGUCCACACUCGAUUCGCUAUAUUAUUCCAUUUGCUGUAUUUCUAGUUGUUUUCAUUCCUUCGCUCUCCUGUUGUUUACUUAUUUCUGCAUCAUACUUUCUUAUUCUGUACUGUACUAGUGCCACACUCUGCAUUCCAUUGAAUAAAUCCGAUCUACUCCUGCA